GCGGGCCACCCGCCACGAUCCCUGCUCUGAGAUUUCACACUCCGCACAGGCCUUCUCCACCGUCAGGGCCACCCGAGGUGGCUUCCUCCCCUCCUGGUGCUGAGGUCUGGGCACUGGGCCACCGCUCACCCUCCCAGCUGAGUUAAACAUUAGUGGGAGGUUAUCGAGCAGGCGACGGGGAGGGAGAUCAGGGACGGCCAGACUCUCCCUAGAGUCUCCUAUCUGGAGCCACCGGAUCCCGCCCCUGCCAGACAAUGCCUGUGGAGGAGUUUGUGGCCGGAUGGAUCUCUGGAGCUCUGGGCUUGGUCCUGGGAUACCCUUUUGACACGGUAAAGGUGCGGCUGCAGACCCAGACCACAUACCGGGGCAUCUUCGACUGCUUGGUUAAGACUUACCGCCAUGAGUCGCUUCUGGGCUUUUUCAAGGGAAUGAGCUUCCCCAUUGCGAGCAUAGCCAUGGUCAACUCCGUGCUGUUCGGGGUCUACAGCAACACGCUGCUGGCGCUCACAGCGACUUCCCACCAGGAGCGGCGGGCCCAGCCUCCCAGCUACGCGCAUGUCUUCCUAGCAGGCUGCACGGGAGGCUUCGUGCAGGUCUACUGCUUGGCCCCUUUUGACCUCAUCAAAGUCCGGCUACAAAACCAGACAGAGCCGAGGGCGCUGCCGGGCAGCCCCCCGCCCCGGUACCGGGGACCUGUGCACUGCGCAGUCUCCAUCUGCCAGGAGGAGGGGCCCCGGGGCCUCUUCCGGGGAGCCUGGGCCCUUAUGUUGAGGGACACUCCGACGCUGGGCAUCUAUUUUGUCACCUACGAGUGGCUCUGCCGCCAGUCCACGCCAGAAGGACAGAACCCCAGCUCAGCCUCGGUGUUGGUGGCAGGGGGCUUCGCAGGCAUCGUCUCCUGGGCGGUGGCCACCCCCUUGGACGUGAUCAAGUCCCGGAUGCAGAUGGCGGGGCUGAAGCACAGGGUGUACCGGGGGGUGCUGGACUGCAUGGCGAGCAGUGUCCGGCAGGAAGGCCUGGGGGUCUUUUUCCGGGGGCUGACGAUCAACAGCGCCCGCGCCUUUCCUGUCAACGCUGUCACCUUCCUCAGCUACGAGUACCUCCUGCGCUGGUGGGGCUGAGCGUGCACGUAGUGUCCCCAGCUCCCCAGCCAGACCCCCGCCCCACCGCCCAGAUGCGAGGUCACGGGGAGCGCACCUGCUUGCUUCUCCAAUUGGAGAGGCCGGGCCUUUCCUGAUGGGCAGGCAGCGGCGGAGGGCAGGGCCUCGGGCUCCUGGACUCCGGAACCCAGGGCAGGCUUCAGGCUCCCAGCACCACUUGCCUUGGCUCCCGUGCUCCCCAGGGCUGUGAAACACACUCAGUGGCCCCUGGUGCCGGUGACAUUUGGCCCGACCUGUGACUUCACCCCUCAGAGAGCUCUCAGAGCCGGCUCUCCUGGGCGCUAACGAUCCCCUGGAUUCCAGCACCGCAUCCUCACCCAUCCCCCACCUGCUCCCCCAAACUGGAGAGCAGCCUUCUCUCCCCUGCUGGUCCAGAAUCCUUCAGUGGCUCCCUUGGCCUGUGGGGAAAAGCCCCACCUCCCCCACCUCUUGGGCCCUCUCCUCUCUGGGGCUUGGGUGGCCCUUGAUCUCUCCUGGCCAGCAGAGGGCAGCGGGUCCCUUGGCUAAGCCUGCUCCUUGGCCCAGGCAGAGCACUGUCUGCCAGAGUCCUUCCUGGCAGGCAAGGGAGUUUCCCCUUGCUCCCCACUGGCUGUGGGGUUUUCAUGCCACCCCCAACCCCCUCCUUUAUUCCCCAACCCUCGCCCUGCCCCCGAUCCCUCCCACAUCCCACCACAUGCCUCUAUCGCAGCCCCCGGUUUCUGAUUUGCUCCUCAACCUGGCCCCAUGACACAGGGAGCUCCUUGAGAUCAGGGGUCAGACUUC